AUGUCGGGUGAAGCAAUCGAGUACAAAAGUGGUACUCAUCAAGUCAAUAUUUACACUACUGUUUUAGAGAUAAGCGUGAAUAAAUGGAUGACAUGUGCCUGGGGAGGAACAAUGGAUAAAUGUGCAGUAAUGCAUUUCAAAUGGAAAUUCGAUUGGGAUAAACUCAAAAAUCAAGGAAUCGACAAGUUCACUGGACACAUUACUGUCAGCAAUUUAUUCAAUACAAUGAAAAUCGAUGUGAAACUGACAGAACAUAAUCUAGUAUUCAUAGCGCAAUUUGAAUGCCACAAUAAUUACAAUAAUGUCAGCUACGAGUAUUCCCUCACUCCCCAUUAUGCUCCAAUUCUUGAGAAGCUAGAUUACGACAAGAUGUUUGCACCAUCCGAUCAAAAUGAUACGAUUUUGGUUGUUGACGGACAGAAGCUUCAUGUCAACAAAACAUUCCUCUCUUAUCACUCCGAGUACUUCCGCGCACUUUUUUCAUCAAAAGGACAAGUGAAUGAAAUUCCGAUCGACGGCGUUUUUUUCGAAGAUUUCGCUCUUCUUCUCAGCACUUUUUAUCCGAAUCCAGUGUUCCCGAAUGAUAGUACUGUCGAAACACUUCUAGAAAUGGCCAGUUGUUUCGAGGUUUCUUCAGUUAUCAACAUUAUCGAGUACCAUUUGAUGAACAAUUCAAAAAUCAAUAGUGAGAAGAUGUUAUGGAUGGCGGACGAGUAUGUGAUGCCAAAACUUCUCGAGAAUUGUAUUCGUGAACUGAAUACCGUGGAGAAAGCGAGGAAGUUGAAGCAAUCGGAUGAGUAUGAGAAUUUGUCGGAUGGCACAAAAGCAAAAGUUCUCGAUCGAAUUAUGGAUUUCAUUUGA